CUGACUGUGAAGGUCACCUAGAGGCAGUCAGAGCCCAUAAAGGUGGUAUGAGACAAAGCAGGGGAGAAGAGCUCAACUAAAAUCUUAACUGGCUUAGCUGCUCUGGGGAUAUUCAAUAAAGUGGUUACAGCAGUUUGGCUAUUAGGCAUACACUUUGAAAUUCAUUUUCAAUGUCUGACACUUCACACUUCAGUGAAUAAUUAUGAUUGUGGCUUACAAUAAGAAAUUCACUCUCUGAAUCCCUAACAAAUUGCAGUUUAGUGAAGAACAUUGAUUGCAUUCCAUAUGACAGGCACUCUGAACUCAGAGGUCACCUUUUAUUGAAUAAGCAAGCUGUCAGUCAGUACAGAGGGAACUAAUGUGUGCGUUCGUUUGUUUCCCAGGAAGCAGGCGGGCCAGUGAGAGCGCUGCACAGAACAUGUGGGUCAAGCUGUGCAGGAUACAGUAAGGGAUUUAUGAUCUAUCCUUGGACUGAUUGAUGGUUACCAUGGUGAGUUAUUCGUUUACAGUGCAGUCGUGGUCUCAUCAUAACGUUUGUAAGAUUUCUCUUUUGUCCAGUUGUUCGUAUUGUUGUUAAAUGUGAGAUGUCACCAUCUCAAGCACUGGGCCCUUUCUCAUAGGGGUUAAUACAUCUGGCGAUAAAUUGGGAUAUCUGUGUACAUUACUCAUUCUACAUGCCAGCAGUGAGCAAGUAACCAUCUGACACAUACAUAUAUAGCACGAAUUAACAUAGACAUGUAGCAUGUACCAAGAGGAUCUUUUUUUUGUGUGUGUGUGUGUGUGUGUGUGUGUGUGUGUGUGUGUGUGUGUAUGUAUGUAUGUAUGUAUGUAUGUAUGUGUGUGUAUAUAUAUAUAUAUAUAUAUAUAUAUAUAUAUAUAUAUAUAUAUAUGUAUAUGUACAAAGAUCCUAGAUUCCUGGUCCAUGCUGCUGUUAUAGGAGGUGUAUCCAGGUGUCCUUAGUGCCUUUGACAAUAAAGAAUGCAAUUAAAUAACAGUUACCUUGGUAACAUCAUUAGCUAGAUUUCUAGUAAACAAUACAGCCAUCCAACUCCGACAAUACAUAUACCUGGACAUGACCGGUACCCUUAUUGUCUACGUUAUACUGAGAUCCAUUUUACUAUAAAGUACUUCAGUUUUGGGGGACCCGAGUGUCCUUUUUAACCCCUUAAGGACAUGUGACAUGUCAUGAUUCCCCUUUAUUCCAAAAGUUUGUCCUUAAGGGGUUAAAUAUUAUUUUUCUGUAGUAUAGAGCGCAGCAGUAUUCAUGUUUUCUGCUUAGAAUACAAAUUAUUUAUAUUAACGUUUUAUUUGUGCCUUUUUAACCUGCUGCUUCAAGAUUUUUAGCCUAUUAUCAAACUUCUGUCUCAUGCAAAAAUGAACCCUUUUUUCAUAAACAUUUUACUUGACAGUGAUUUAAAGGGACACUAUAGGCACCCAGACCACUUCAGCUCACUGCACUGUCCCAGGUACCUUAACCAUGAGCAGGUAAUUAUUGCAGUUUUUAAGAAACUGCAAUGAUUACCUCCUAGGGUUAACUUCACCUCUAGUGGCUGUCUACCAGAAAGCUGCUACAGGGACUUCCAGGCUGGUAGGCGACAAAGCAUAGGGACAUCCAGCAUCACCCAAAACUCCAUAGGAAAACAUGGAGUAAUGCUUUCCUAAGGGUAAAUCAUAAUGCUAGCACAGCCAUUGCCGUACGGCUGACCUCGGGGGAGGAGAGAAGGCGGACCCGAGCCAGCGCCGAGGCACAUCAGCGCUGGAGCCAGGUAAGUGACAGAAGGGGUUUGUGCCAUCAAAUUAGUUUGUUUUCUUGGCACUAUGGUUUCACUUUAACUCAUAAAUGGUUGUGUAUUGAGCAUUGAGACUGUAGUUCAUGAUCUAUAAACCAAAACUGCUUCAUUAAGCUAAAGCUAUUUUGGUGACUAUAGAGUCCCUUUAACAUAGAGGUGUUGCUAUCCUGUCAGAGUCCUUAAUUUCUGUAGGGUCUCCAUCAACUGUUUAGCAGAAACGUUUAGCUGGUGCGUAUACACACACAACCUCAGUUUUUAGUGAGGGAACCUGCUAAUAGUUUUGGAAGUGAAUAUAGUUAUGGUUUGAUUGGUUCCUACUGCCUGAUUUAGUGAAGUAUGUGUUACCAGCGGAUAUUUGACCUUAUCAGCCACUUUUUUUUUUAUAAUUUGUUUUCAGAUAUUCUUAUGAAUAAAAUGUAUAUGGUUUACAAAUGUUUUACUUGUACCAUGGUGUGUAUUCGUGUGUUUCAAAACCACUUCUCACCUCUUGUAUUGUUGAUAGUGAUGUCUAUCAAUCAGAAAUAUUGUGAAUAGCAUUAAUUCCCAACACAGGCUUCAAGGCACAACAAAAGUCCUGGAUUUAGGCAUUUCUGAAAUCUGUUCCUAUGGUGAAACUGUUAUUAGAGCUAAAAAACAAACAAAAGCAACAUAAGUGUUUGAAUAAACCCCCCCCUCACCAAACAAAUAGAAAAAUAUAUGCGUGAUCCCACGCUGAGGACCAUUUUUUCUUGUUGAACAGUCGUCCUGCAUUGACGCUGCUGGGAGAGGGACGGGCUGAGUGGGAAACUUGACUGGGACGGCAUGCCGCCAUUGAUAGUCUGUCAUCAGCAUGCUAUGUGUGUAGAUGACAGACUCCCAAUACAUACAGAUUUAACAUUGACCAGACCUGAACUCACAGCUAAUUACCAUGCCAAAGUUAGAUUUACAUGUCCAGUAGCACUGGGUUAUAUCUCUGUUUGUAUAGUAUUUUAAACUGGAAUUCUGCACAUUCAGUCUCCAUGCACCAUGAUUACUUAAGUAAUCAAUAAAGUGGUUACGGGGCUUGGAGAAACCCUUUAACCCCUUAAGGACCAAAUGUCUGGAAUAAAAGGGAAUCAUGACAUGUCACACAUGUCAUGUGUCUUUAAGGGGUUAAACUGACACAACCUGGACUGAUGGUGUACUUACUUUGAGGACUGUUUUAAAGACCAAUUGUCUAGAGCAGUGGACAGCAGUGUGCAAUGCAUAGCAUUGAAGGCUGCCAGACGCAAACAGGCUCUGGAAAUACAAGGAUCAUCCCUGGAGCUAGUCGUCCCAGUGGGCCUUCUUUAGAUAUCUGCUAGUGCCAAGUGAAUGUUCGGCACUAACGGUGAUUGCAACAGCUAGCGAGGGACAGCCCUCUAUUUACUCACUGCAACUUUCAGAUUAAGUGAACUCCGAUUAACUUCCUCCUAGUGCCUUUGAAGGGAAAUCCCAACUGGAGGAGAGCAGCAUGCAGCAGCCUACACAGCCCACACCCUUGACCUGUACCCUGGCCAGCCUGGUUCCCACUGGAUCACAAGGAAGCCAUUCACACAGCCAGACAUAAACACACUGCUGCAGAAAAAAAUCCUUGCCACAUGCAAACACACACAAUACCACCACAUACGCGCACACAAGUAGCAUCCCACAUGUAACACCCCACACAUACAAAUAUCGCACAUACCACACGACAUCUAUCAAACACACAAGCAUCCCCCAUACACAGCACACAUUCAUACACAUAAACUGAUAUACAGCGCACACACAUACAUAUCACACACAAUACCACAAACUGCUCGUACAAACACUAUAUAACACUGCCCACUUACAAAUGCAACCCUACAAAGCAACUGCAGCAACAUACAAAUGUAUUGAGUUAAAAAAAUAGGACCCUCAUGCCAAGAGACUUCAAAGCUUUAAUUUUGUACAGUGCUACUAUAAGGUUGCCCAUCCCUGGUCUUGAACAUUUAUGACCAAAUUUUUGACACCCCACCUGUUGCAGAUUUUUUUCCCCCUUGAUACUCAGCCAACCAAUCUUGGAUAACACCAGUGCAAAGGUUUGGCAUUAUAACACUAAUUCAAGGAUAGGCAACCAGUGGUCCUCUAACUCAGGACUUUGACAAAUCCCAAGUGGCAGGUCGCCAUGAUGACCCAGAUAUUUGUCUCCAUUCCAUGGCCACUUUUUUUUUUUUUUAUAGUUUAUUUAAUUAUUAUUUUCCUUUUAUAUCAAACAUACAUAUAUAUACAUAUCAUACAUUGCGUGCAUAUCAUACAAUGCAUAUAAAGUAAAUACAAUAAAUAAAGAAAUACAUAUAGACUAACAAACAUAUAACAAAGUUGACCAUCCUGUCCUAUUCAUUCAGCUCUACCCUUAGAUUACAUAAAGUUAAAUUAAAUUUCCGCUCCUUCAGAGAUUACCAAUGAAUUACUGCACAAUAUAUACAUUCUAAUAUUUAAUUCUCAAGGACCUUUAUCCAAUCAUCCCAGAUCUCAUAUUGUCUAAUAUUAAUACUUAAAUUAGAGGCUAUUCCCCUUUCCAUUUUGCAUUGAAUAAUAGAUGCCUUCAUUUGUGGCCAUGAAUCAAUUGUUGUCCUCUUCCAAUUUUUUGCAAUAGCCAUUUUAAAGGCCAUCAAAGCCUGAAUCAACAGAUCUCUCUUAUCUUUAGUUAAUUGCGGUAAAUUUAGAUGUAAAAGCAAGUUGUCUGGGGUCCAAGAAUGGGUUAUAUCCAGCAAUUUAUUUACUUGGUCCAUAAAUUGAACCCAUGCUUCCUUAAUUGGUGCACAAUCCCACCAUAUAUGUAAUUCAUUUGCUCCCUCAUUUCCGCAUCUCCAGCAUCUAGAUAUCCCUGCCUUUGCAAAUUUCUGGAUCUUAUUGGGAGUCAUGUACCAUCUAUUAAGUAUUUUAAAAAGUGCUUCCCUAAUAUUUAGACAGUGUAUCGUGGAAUAGACUGAUUGUAAAGCCUUAUACCAUUCCUUUAUAUCAAAUUUUAUUAUCAAAUCUCUUUCCCAUUUACUUUUAGCUAUAGGAUAAACAGGUCUUUUUAUAGCUUUUAUAAUCUCAACGCAUCUAGUUAGUAUUUUAGUAUUUUUCUCUGAGUCUAUCAAAACAUUUAGUUUAGAUAAUGAGAAAGAACUCAUGUUGCUUCCAAGAGCGCUUUGCAGAAAGCUUUUAAUUCUGAUAUAAUUAAACGUUUGUAAAUACGAAAUACCAUAGAUUCUGCGUAUCUCAGCGAAGGGCAUAAUCUUCCCAUCUACUAAUAGGUCAGCUAAUUUUUUAACACCAAGUCUAGUCCAUUCGGACGUAUCCAUAUUUUCCAUCCAUGUAUCUAGAUUUUUGAAGGUCAGAGCAGGUAAAACUUUAUUUUUCAAGUCUAAAAGAUUUUUAAGAUGUAGCCAGAACUUUAAGAGCGGUCUAGUUAUCAAAUUAUCCGUCGUGCAUCUUAUAUUUUUAGUUCUACUAUUAUUUCUUAUGGCCCACAUUAAUCUAACAUUAUUGUAUGGAUCUGUAAUAUCUGCACCUUCUAUUUUAAACCAAUCUUGUGAACACGAAUACUGCUUAAUUAAAGGAAGAGUAUGCAUCAACUGUGCCGCUUGAUGAUAUAAAAAAAUAUUUGGAAAACCGAUCCCUCCUUCCUUAUGCUUCAAGUAUAAGAGAUCCUGGCCUAUUCUAGGUUUCUUAUCAGACCAGAUAUAAUCCCUGAAUAACUUAUUCACAAGUCUAAGCCGUUGGGGGUGGAUCUGUAGAGGAAUCAUCCUCAAUAAGUAAAUAAACUUAGGGAAAACAUAUGACUUAAUAAAAUUAAUCCUUCCCCACCAUGAUAACUGCAAGGCGUUCCAUUGUUUCAGAGAGUGAGUACAUUCUCUAAUAAGAGGAAUUACAUUGGCCUUCAUUGUAUUCUCUGGGUCUUUCACUAUAUUGAUUCCAAGAUAUACAAAUCCCUUUUUUUCCCAUUUAAAGGCAAAAUGUUCUUUUAGCUGUUGCAAUUCUUUUCCUUCCACAUAAAAAGGUAAUGCCAGUGUUUUUUAAACAUUAAGUUUAUAAUUUGACAAGUAACUAUAUCUUUUAAUUACUUGCAUGGCAACUGGAACUGACUUACUUGGGUUGGUUAGCGUUAUCAAAGUAUCAUCGGCAUAUUGACUUAUCUUGAAAUCUUUAUCCCUUUUUUAAAACCCAGUUAUAUCCAUAUUAUUACGUAUUUCGUGUGCUAAGGGUUCAGCCGUUAGGAUAUACAAUAGUGGGGAGAGAGGGCAUCCUUGACGGGUACCAUUUGAUAGCAUAAACCACUCUGACUUAAUCCCCCCUCCUACUAUCCUGCUAGAUGGUGAAGAGUAGCAGGCCAUUAUCGCCGAAAAAAUCUGGCCAGAAAGUCCAAAAGCUUUUAACGUUGAAUACAUAAAAUUCCAGCCGACCCUAUCGAAUGCCUUUUCUCCGUCUAAGGCCAUCGCUAAGAAAUGGGUUUUAUUCUCAUGGAUCUUAGAUAUAUUUAAUAUCCUCCUAAUCUGAUUAUGGCCACUUUAACAUAAGAACUGCAGGAGUAGCUGUUACAGCACCACACUUUUACACUGUCGGCAUCAUAAACACUCCAACUGAUUGAAGUGCCUACUACUGCACCACUGCUAAAUGGUUUACCCACUGCUUAGCAGAGAUGCCUGGCCCCAAGUGAUGACAUGUAUGAGGUGGAGCUAUCCUUAUUUAUGCAGUGUAUGGAGAACAAAGCUUGCUAUAUAUGACAAUGAGGUGUUUGCCAUGUUUGUUCCUGACACCUCUGACUAGAAGUCAGAGUUAAAAAUUGCAUCAUGGAACUCUCAUGGAACUCUCUUGUUAAAUGGGGAAAAAAGAGGGCACAAUCCUCUCUAGUUGUUUGGAGUGUUCCUUUAAAUAUUAGGCCCUUGAAAUCACUGCAAAUUUCCUUCCCUUUUACUCCUUGCAACUUUUGGGUAGUUUUCUCAAUAUAUAAUUCAAAAUUUUACACCAACAAUAUUCUUGAUGUUUAGUAUAAACAAGCAUAAAACCAGAAUAUUAACUAGGAAUAUUGUGGUUAAUUUUCAUUGAUACACGGAGUGGAACAUGGUAUUUAUUUAAUAAAUGGUAUAAAUAAAAGUGAAACUUUUAAUCUAAGCCCAUAUUGCGGUUUUCUGCGCUCUAUGUAUCAGGAUAUAUCAUACAGCACAUUUAUAUUAGAAGUUUUAAAAUGUAUUCUUGCUCUGAUUUGAGUAUGCAAAGUGUGUAUUUGUGGAGCGCCUCAGUUCUUCUAACACAUUAUUGGUAUUCCAGCUGGAUAUGGACUUGAUUCCAAGAAUGCUAUUGUCUUAAAAUGAAUGUGUCAAAUAAUAUGUGCGCACUGUCUAGCUGUAUCCUGGUGAUAGAUCCCAGAGUGCUCUUAGGACCACUUUAAAUAAGCCCGAAGUGUGCCACUUUACAUAACCAGGUGCUGCACAGCUCAUGGUCGAAAAGUACACAGUGGCAUACCUACCUGUAUUUAUAAUCCGCAUCACGUACACAUUAUUCUUACUUAUUUGUGUGAGUAUAUUUCUGUUCUCAUAUCGUUGCUGCCAUGUGUCCAGCGUACAAAAAAAACAAAUACCCAUGCAUGUGUUUUCUAUGUAUCAGGGUGGUAUUCCUCGCCUUAUUUCUCUUUCUCUAGAAAUUUGGCUAUCGUCGCCAUCAUGCUUUUCUAAAGCUAAACAAACCGUGAAUCCUCCUUUCUGGAGAAGGAGAAGUCUCGCAAAGAAAAAGGUCACCAAUGUGAUCCCCGUGCAAUGCAGUCCUUUGUUGUAUUGUGAAGACUCCUCUUAGCAUUACUGGUAAGUCAUUUGUUAAUAUUUUAGAGUAUGUCUUUGAUAAUCUGGCAUUAAAACAUGGAAAAAGCUAAAUAAAAAGACUAAAACAGGUGGCAAGCAUUUGGUAAGGUAGAAAAGCAGUACGUUUUCACUGAUUUAAACUGCAUUGAAACAGACACAAUUAGUAGUACAUGAGACCUCAUUCCCCGAUCUCCAGGUCUUCUUAACAUUAUGUUAACCCCUUAAGGACCAUUGAUGAAUUCUAUACCAAAACCUGUUCUAAAUAAACAGGACAUUCUAUAUUUGUGUCUUAAUUGACAAAUCUCAUUAGUCUUUAAUGGGUUAAAGAAUAUCACCAAACAACAAAUACGGUUGCUACUUACACAAGCAGAAAGCUGUUUAGAUCGUGCCAGUGGAUUGCUCAAAAUUUCCAUCUACUUAUUUUAUUGAAUUACUGGGAAUGUCUCAUGAAAUAGCAUUAGCCAGUUCAUCUGGAGCAGUGUGAGCUUUGAUUUGAAAUUAGACUUCUCAUUGCAAAAGUCCAGCUCGACAUAACAAUUUCAGCUCAAUCUGAUGUCAGUCGAGUGGUGGAUAUGGUUAUGCCAAGAUUAAUUUAAAUGUAUUUGGUUAAAUAUCAUAUGUUAGGGGCCAUAAUAAUGCAACUCCAGUCUGAAGAUUUACCAUAAUUAAACCUGUAUUGGGACCUGUGUGCAUUUUUCAUAGUCAGAUCAAUUAAUACACUUGGACCACUAUUUGAUUUAAACCAAGAUCUUUUACUGAAUUUCAGCCUGGAGUUGGCCCAUGUUUUAUUUACUGCAGUAUAUAGAUAAUGCAUUACAAUAGCCAUACAGACAUAUAUAAGUUUCUGCUAUUAACACGAGCCAGUCAUUCUGCUCACAUUACUUUCUAUUGCCCUACUGAGAUUAUCCCAUAAGGAGUUCUUUAUAUGCACAAGGAAUGAAUACAAACAACAAAGUGUACUUAAAGACUGUAUCUAAUGAUAGUAAAAAGUUUAACGGGCUAAACACUAACUAUAUUUUGUUUGACCACCACUUAACCCUUUAAGGACCAAACUUCUGGAAUAAAAGGGAAUCAUGACAUGUCAUACAUGUCAUGUGUCCUUAAGGGGUUAAACAACAAAACAUAAAGCAAUCCUCAGAAUGAAUUGUUCUGUAGAUGUAGAUAUGUAUAAUAUAUGAUAAAGGCUGUCUGCAGUCUUAGCAAGCACCCCCUUUUCCCCAACACAGACGUGUACCUUCGAAUACUCCAAUCAGAGGGUUCUCACGGUGCUGGAGCUGCGAGCAAACAUUUGUGUGUUGUAACACAGCCCUUUGAGAAGGAGGGAAGGCAGGCGUGUAGUAGCACAGCACACCUGCCGCUUCAUUUGGCUCUGUUUAGCGAAUGGGAGCUGCGAAAAACACAGAGCAACCUGCAUACCCAGCAGGAGGAAAUCAACAACCCCACUAAAAUGCAAAGUGCUCAGUGUUUUAAAAAAACAAAAACUUAGUUUCCCAUGUUUUGAGGAUAGUUCUGUUGUAUGAACAUGGUGUUGUUGGGGUUGGUUUGUCAGUUUUUUGUUUUUUGUAAGCUAACAGCUGAGUUGCAACUCCCAGAUCCCUCCGACACCAUCAUGACAACCUAUACAGCAUUAGUUUGGGACAAAAAGGACUCUGUAGGUUAAGAAGGAGGGGUAGCAAGGUGGCUUUAUAGAACAAAAGGCUUUUAAAAUAAAAAUAAAACACAAAACCUCUCUGCAUAACGAGCUGUAACCUAAUCUACAUAUUGCACCUACCAUGCAUGAGUGACGUUAAUACCCCAUUAAGGGAGCAGGAGAAUAGUUUGAAAGUAAACACUUAAAGGGAUAUUUGUUAAAAUACUGGAUUAUACUCAUCCUUAAUAUCAUGAUGCCUUAUUGCUGAUAUAUUUUUUUUAAUUUUGCUUUUGUUUUUUUUUUAGGGCAACACCAUGUUCUGGGAAAUCCCAUAUUUGAUUCUGCGAAGACUUCGAUCCCGGGUGGAGGACAGUGAUGAAGAUGUACAAUAUGACCACCACCACCGCCAUAGGGAGAAUAACAGGAGAGAGGCUUUAAGAAGAAGGAGGAGGCGAAUAUUCCCUGUGAGAGUAAAUCUAUCUGAAAUUAAUGAACAUGAAAUUAAAACUCGAUACCAUCUUAGUUCCGAUGCCAUCAUGUCCUUAUACGAACUAAUAAAGGACGAUUUAAUCUCCACGACCAAAAGAAGUAACGCCGUUCCAGGCAUUGUGAAACUACUUUGUGCCCUGCAUUAUUUUGCUAGUGGCUCGUUACAGAGCACUGUGGCGGAGGUUGGAGGCAUAACACAAAGCACUUUCAGUCGUGCUCUUUCCGAAGUCAUAUCUGCCAUUCUCAAACUCACUGAUAAAUUUAUUAACUAUCCGGACGAUGACGCGUCUUUACAGGGUAUUAAAGAAGGCUUUUUUAGAAUUGCCGGAUUUCCAAAUGUAGUUGGUGUAGUCGGCUGCACGCAUGUUGCCUUAUCACCUCCGGCUGAAAUUGAACAAAUUUAUCGCAACAAGAUGCAUUACCACUCCAUCAAUGUGCAAGUGGUAUGCGCAUCAGAUAUGAAAAUUUUAGACGUCGUGGCCCGUUUUCCUGGAUCGACCCGCAAUUCAUAUAUUUUGAGGCAAUCCGGGAUACGUGAAAGAUUUGAAAAUGGUGAAUUUAAUGGAGGCUGGUUAUUAGGUUGGUAUAGUAUUUUCAUACAUAUGUGCUUCUUGCCUUCUUUAUAUGUACAUGUUCAAUAUCGUGAAUAUUUUGUAUUAAGAUAAGUUUGCAUAGGACUUCUAGUAAUGAUGGUUUAACACACGAAGACUGUAAUACAUGCCAAUCCAAAACAUCUGCAUAGUUGGAUGUCCCAGCGGCUGUAGGUUUUUCACCCUUUAUCAUAGGAAAGUACUACCCCUAUUUUAGGAUACCACGUACGUCUGUUGUGAUUAAGAUGCAGAGUUCUCUAAUGGUUUAACACUUACCCGAGUCUCCCGGUGCCUUCAACAGACCUUUUGUUUUCGUGAUUUUAUAUUAGCUAUAUUAUUUCCUCCCAUGUUUGGAUGAUCUCAGAUGUGGGGUAUCAUCUAAAUAUGAAGGAAUUUGAUAUAUCUUUUUCACAUAGUGAUAUAUCACAAAUCGAAACUGGUCAAGGCUACCUUGGUAAGUGUCAAACCAUCACUCACAUGAAGGCAUCCUGGUUUUAAUUUUAGUUUUAACAAAGAUUUUCUAAUGGGCAAAAGUCAUGGUCAAUUCUCUGAGCUAAGUAAGCAUGGCAUCUUAAAAUAUUGCAGGCGUUACAUCUGCAUGGGACUACCCGAAUGGAAUGUAAAACCCUUUAACCUCUUAAGGACACAGCUCCAGAAAUAAAAGGGAAUCAUGAUGGGAAAUUUCCGUCAUGUGUCCUUAAUUAAAAAAGAUUAGAACACAAUCCGUUUUUUUUAAUUUGUUUUAUUAAACAAUAUGUCAGCUCAGUAGGUGUCUUCAGAUGAUUUGUUUGGCUUGUUGUCAUUAGUCUUCAUAUUCACAAGAAUGAUUCCAUUCUGAGGUCAGGCUAUAUAAUAUAAAAUGUAUCAAACUAGUCACUAAAGUUAUAUUUUAACUCUAUAUAUACAGUUUAUACUAAGCCUACUUAUGGAAUUAUUUAUUUUGAAAAUGUGAAUAAUUUUAUGUUUUGCAGGCGAACCUAGCUACGGUGUAAAAUCUUGGCUGUUGACUCCUGUUCGCAGCCCAACCAUAAAGCCGGAAGUAAAAUACAAUAUAGCGCACCGCUCAACUCUCUGCGUGGUGGAACGUACUUUUGGCGUUUUAAAAAGCCGUUUCCGCUGUUUGGAUCACUCUGGCGGAGCCUUUCUAUACAGCCCAGAAAAAGUCUGCAAAAUUAUAGUUGUUUGCUGCAUACUUCACAAUAUUGCAAUCAUGAAAAAUAACCACAUAGAAAUUGCUCCCGAUCUGAGACCUGUGGGAGAAAAUCACGAUGAACAAGUAGAUAGUAACACAACAGAAGGGAAAAUGCAGAGGGAACAACUUAUAACAGAUGUGUUUUCAGGUAUUGUUAUUUUUGUUUUUCCCCUGUAUAAAACAAAUCUAGUAUUUUGUCACACUUCUCAUUUUAUAAAUGUGUAGUGAUCUAUUGAGUAUAAUAUUAAAGGGACAUUCUAAGCAUCAUAACCUCUACAGUUAAUUGUUGUUAUGGUGCAAAUAGUGUAUGCAAUACUUCCCAGUUGUGUCAAAACAUGUUUGAAGAGGGGAAAACCCCACAAAACAUUGGUCUUUCUCUGUGCCUACAGCCUGCUAUUGCUCGCUUAAUGCAGAAGUGAAUCCAACUGGAAUUUGUGUCCUACAUCUGUUAUAUUAUUAUUUUAUUAACUAGGCUAAUGAACCAUCAGUUUGCAGUUCUAUAUAAUUAAUUAUUUUAUCAUAUUUUAUAUACCUCUGCUUAUUAUUGUCUUUCUUCUUUGUGUUCUUGCAGGUGUUUAACCACAGUACUCAUAGCAAUACCAGUCAAUGAAUCUCUGCCGAGAUGUCCAGUGCUAUUUGUGUAGAUUGCAUGGUCUUAGCCUGUAGUUUUAGAGUAAGAGUGAACAGUAUGUAUUGAUGGAUUGUUACUCUCCUCACUUACAUUCAGCAGAAGGACGUGGAGAAUUCUAGCCAAUUUCGGGGGAGCACCAAAUUGAUCACCUCGGUUUUUAGACGUAAAUGUUUUAUUCUCCCAACCGUUCCACAACCCCCUUUUUAUUUAUUUUUUUUUUUGUUCUGAGGUAUUAGUCAUUUUAUGAAAUGUUUUUAAUUGUAUUAAAUGAGCAUUUUACACAAUAAAUAGUGUCCUUUUUCUUUAAUGGCUAUUUUCUUUUACAGUUCAUGCAUUUUUGAAUAUCUGUUAUUGUUGUUCCACCAAUGUCUUCCAAAUGUUUAAAAUAAAGCCUUAUAGAGACGUUGUGGGAGAAGUGUUUCAAUUCAAGCUGAUCACUUUAUACUUUUGUGGAUACUCCUAUUGUAUGACGAAGUGGUGCUUAACCCUUUCAGGACCAGGAUUUGGCAAACCUAUUGUGACUAUCCUUGUAUAUCACUGGUCAUAGAUUACAGAUGAAUACAGGUUAAUAUCAGUGUUCCAUAGAAUGGUUAUCUCGUGUUGCUGUCUCCGCUUGAACUGUCGUCAAUUGGUCUCUAAAACAGUACACUCUUGUCCAAUUUAACCGCUGUUUGCCAGGAAUGAAAAGGGGCAUAUAAGUACUUAAACAUUCAGUUGGUUGCGGUUAUGAUUGUAAUAUUAAAUCUGUGUUCUGUUUUAAAGUUGUUGUAUAAGUGCAUGGGACUGCAUUAUCUGUACAGUUUGAGUAUGUCUUCCUGUGUGGACAUGGGAUAGUUAAUAGGAUGUGUUGUGUAUGUGAGACCCACUAACCGCGAAGGUUCACAUCACUAACAUAUCAGUUUACAGUCAGUUCUGAUGCUGACUGAAAUACUGAGAGAAAAAAAAAGGUCUAUAUACAAUGUUUAGGGAGUGAAAGAGAAAUAUCAGAAUUUUCUGGAAAUAAAACAUUGUAGGGUUGCAUUAGAUAGGAAGGCAAGCUGGUUGUGUAAAGAGUGACCCACAUGAGGCUAAGUUAAUACUGUAUCUAGCUAAUGUUGAACCAGUGAGCCUGAAAGCCUUUACAGUCUUCAAGGAGGACAUUAGCUUAUGAAGUAGUGGGAGUUCUAAGCCAUUACCCAAGACUUCCAUAAUUAUCCAGGAAUCAAGGGAAGAUUAUGUAGCAGGGGUGCCAGAAAUGUAGAUCCCCAGAUGGUUUAAAACUACAGCUUUCAAGAUGCUUUGUCAUUCUACAGGCAUACAAAGCAUCAUGUGAGUUGUAGUUCUACAACAUUUAGGAAUCUAUCUUUUUGGCACCCCUGAUAGUUAGGAUGUCCCCAUUUUAUACUGCAAAGAAACCCAUAUUUAACGUCUCAAUUAAGUCAUUAUGAUGUCUGGAGGUCCUGAGUGCCUUCUUACUUUUUCAAUUUAAACCGUUUUCAAACAAAAGUCCUCGUGACAGUGCCCAUACCUUUCUAAAGCAUAUCUCUCAGUGGGUGGUUAGUUACAGUCUAAAAGCAUCAACUGACUUUCUUAGCCUAUCACCAAUGUGCAAGGGAAAGGCCUUGAGCUUUCUAAAGUCCAGAUUGUUUAAGAGAAUAUGCUAUAGAGACCUGUUCAUGGUGUGGCCUGGAUGAUAUAACCAGGAAUCUGAGGCUGUGACUUUCCAGGUCUACAGAUCAUUCAAAUAACAGACUGCAUAGGACUCCCAUCCCACUUGGGAUAAAUGGGCCAUUCUGUACUCGAUAGUUGCCCUCAAGGUGGAUCCUCACCUACAUUAUAGGUGAACAGCUUUCUCACACUGUGCACUAAACUCAUGGAAAUAGGGACCAAUGUCUGAGAUAUAUAUAUAUAUAUAUAUUAUCCCCUGUAUGUGGUAUAACCACUAGUACAUCCAACUUUUCAAUAAGCAACACAUCUUUUCACGAUAACUCUUUAGUUUACUGAACAGUUUUUCCACUUUGACAUAUUUACAAACUGUUUGUUGAACCAGUGUUUACCUAUUUUAGAUUUAACAGGUUUACUUACUAAGCUCCAAACAGCAAAAUAAAACAGGUUGGCCCCUGGACUGUCCUUUGCCAAAAUCAGUCAGUCAAUUCACACUGUUAAUGUCAUUUUAUAGAGAUCAUUUUUAGACCCCUGUCCAAGUGCAGUGUCUGUGUACCAUUAAUGUUACCCAUCAUUUUGAUUUUUCUAGGUUUCUGUGUUUUUCCGCCAAAGUGUACCACGUUUUCACUUAUGGCUGAAGCAUAUGUCCACUAUUCCCUGUGCCACACAGCAGCUUUUGGAUUUAGGGUUUUCAGAGGAACAAACUACAAAGAUCCACUCCUUAAAUCCCAGGAAAGGAGAUGUCCAGCAGAAACUGUCAUGUGUAAGAGAACUUCUGCUACUAGGAAUGGACAAUGAAAAGACUCUAAGGAUGCUGGAGGCCAGUCCUGAGAUCUUCAAGGUGUCAAGCAAACAAAUCAGAGACAGAGUAGACAAUCUUCGAAAACUUGGACUGGGAGAAGGUAAGACAAUUAAAUCAUGUGGUAGGUUUACCUACAGGGAAGCUUGCAGGCUUUUUACAUAUACCUGAAACAUCAAUACCACCUGUUGACAAACUGGUCAACAAACGUAUAAAUAAAUACAGCAAACCAUUUAGUUUCUUCCCAAUUCUGAAUAUGGGCCAAUAAUCUUUAGAUUAAAUAAAUAUCAAGACACUAAUGCCAGUUCUUUAAUGAUAUUUCUGUGUAGUAUGUGAAGACCUAGACCUCUGCUAUUAAAGAUAAACUGAAGACAUACAGAAAUAUAUCAUAAUUUGGAACCAAAAAAACCCAACUAUCUUUUAUAUAAUUAAUACUUUUUAUUUAUUUAUUGUUGUUUUGUUGAAGGAACAUGAAUUCAGAAUCUGGCUAAAUGCCUCUAUACAAUUUCUUUCAUUGGGCUCCCAUUGAUCAGCGCCCGCCAGGCUAUCCUUUGCUCGUACUGCAUAACAUAGAGCACCAGGUGCCAGGGCCCCAGCUUUGGGGUUAAACCAUUACCAAAUGGUUUACUCCUGAAGGUAUGGCAUUCCUACUCCCGUAACAACUUAAUUAUGCUAACGUUGUUAUGGGAUGGUAUUGUUCUUUUAAGCACUGACGCAUGUAAUCAGAAUUAUUAUGUAAGUAGACAACUGGAGCUGGAAAUUCAUGCUUGAGGCCAACAUGGCCAGGUGGAAAAUGUCCACGUUAGAGAAAUAUUCUUAGCUUCUGUAGCCAUAAAUUUGCAAUUCCCUAUAUUCUAUAUAUAUAUAGCGAAUAAUCCUAAAGAAAGUAUAACUGUUGGAGUUUUUGUCCCAAAGAUGGAUGACUAGGACAAUAAAUACAUUUUGUGCUGAACAGAAAUUAUGAGCCGCAUGGUAUUUGGAUCCUGCUCAGUAAAUAUCAAAAUAUUCUCUUUAUCAUUUUGUUUUUUCUGGCUUUUUUUUCCAACUGCAGGCACUCUUCAGGUCUCCUUGUCCAGAUGCCCAUCUAUUCUAACCAUGCCAAGUACACGAAUCCUAGCAGCAGCUCAGUGCCUCAAACAGCGCUGCCAGUUCUCAACUCAACAGGUGUUGAAAAUCUUACACAUCAGUCCGGAAACCUUGACACAGGAUCCAGACUACAUUGAGGAGGUUUUUCAGGUGUGUUAAUAAAUGUUACAUAUAGGCAAGCAUUGUUUGACCUUUGGUGCCAUAACUGCUCUACUAUAUGUGGAAUACCAUUAGAAUGUAAUUCACAACAGCUGUAAUAACAUAGAUUUGUCAUCACAAUAUAUCAACAUUAAAUGACAAUAUUGCAUGUUUUGUAUUCUGAAUUAUGUGAAUAAACCUGGUAUAGAAUACAACACUUCGACCAGGCACCUAAGUAUUGAAACCAAGAAUGAAGCUACAUGGUAUAAUGUAAGAGUAAUUAAUCUGAAGAUUGUGACUGAGAAGGUAAUGUUAUAUCCACAUAUAGACUCCUAUGUCUUUGCUGGUAAGAAGUAGACUUGUUGAUGGCAUUGUCAAAUCAUUUUAACCUGGGUCCGAUCACUGUUGCUUAGACACCAAAACAGUAUUUGUGAAAGCUGUAAAACCACAAAACUUGUCAUUUUCUUAAACCAAUAAAAGUUUAACCACAUUAGAAUUAUAUAUAUAUAUAAAAAAAAGAUAUAUUUCACAAUAGAUUGCAUAUCUUUUAUCGGUGUCAGCCCUUUGACCUUACGAUCAUCUGACAAAUAAAAUCUAUUUGUUCCUGUUACAUACUUGUUCUGAUGAAGACCCAUGAUUGUAGGGCUGAACAGUUUAAGUAGAUAUUGGACACGUCAUGUUUUGUAAUAGCAUUGCAUCUGUGCCGUCAUUAGCCAUUUAUAGAACAACCUCUGGUCUCAGCAUUCACCGGCUUCUACGGUAAUUAACAACCACAAUCUAUUUUUGUGUGAUACUGUUUUGAUGAAAUAUGCAAAGGUUUAUGAGCUGGCUUGAAAUAGUUUUUUUUUUCUGGUAGCUGCAAAGAUCCUGUUUAGGAAUAGGAUUGAACCCAUAUCAAUUGGCUUAUAUUGGUUUCAGCAAUGAUUAUGGUGCUUGGAACCCUUGAGUACCAUCUUUCAGAUAUCUGUAAAACUGUUUAGGAGCCGUUUGAAGAAAAAAAAAAAAAACACGUGUCCAUCCCUGGCAAAACAUAACCCCUGAAUGCUCUGCUAAAAUUAUACAGUAGUAUAAUUGGUGUAAAUCUGUCCAACUUUGGAUGAUAAUAAUGGGCUUUGUAUGCUGGGUUAACCUACUUACAUUAGCACCCAAGGACAGAUUUGUACUGAUAUUCAGAAUUGUCAUUUAAUCAGUACCUAUGCACAUGUAGAGGGGCAGGCUGCGCUUGCCAGAGAAUUUUCCAGUUUUGUUCAAACUGCUUCUGACCAAUUCGACAAAAAAGAAAAUGGGACUGGUGCCCAUAGAUCCAGAGCAUCAUAAUGCUGCAAUAACCUGUAGUCAUUACUCAACUUACAACAACUGGACAUUUUUUGUAAAUUUUUUAUGUCUAUAGUAAAUAUGUGGUCACAGAAUAUUCUAUGUGUUACUUUGUUUAACCAGGCAGAUUCAUUUUUGUCUAGUAAUCUCUAUCCACAGCACUGUCACUUGAGUGUGCAUAUUGCAGUAUCUUUUAAAUUAAAUGUAUAAUAUCAUCUUUUGAUUUUGACAGUAUGUCUAUUUCCGAAUGGGUGGAACACACAAAGAUAUUUUAACUUCUGGACUUUUCCUAACUUCACUGGAUGAGAUCAAAGUUCGGCAUCAGUUUCUGGAACGUCUUGGUAGAUUCCUGCCCCCAAACAAGAGAGGGGAAUGCCCAACUUCAAAUCCCAAGAUCAAAGAUAUUGUCAACCUGUCUGAAAAUAAUUUCUUAUCCAGUGUUGCAUGCUCUUCUCCUGAAGAGUUCCACACAUUCCAGAAGAUAGUAGCACGAGAAGAAGCUGAGGCCAGAGAAGAAGACAAUGGAGAGACCUCGGGCCUUGAUACAGAUGACGAGGGGGAAGAUAGCGUCCAAGAAGAAUCUGACAGUGAUGAUGAAGAUACCAACAGAAAUAUUCCAGACAAGCCAAUAAACAAAUGAACAUAGAUAGUCCUUAUAUGAACCUGUGAUCUACACAAUCUUAUAUUGUCUUUGGAGGAACCCAGGAUCUGCUAAAAUGUUCCCUUCUGAAAUAUUGUGCAGAUGCAAAAAUUAUAUUUUGGUGAAAAUAAUUAUUUGUUUUCCAGUUAAGAUACAGAAAUAAAUUAUGUAAAAUUAUAUUACUUUAGAUACAC